AUGGAGAACAAGAGCUUUGGGAUGAAAAGGGUCAAGGAGGGUUCCGUUAAGCGUGCAUCCAUCAAACGCACCUCCUCUGGCUCGCAGAAGGCUCAGAAGGUGUGGAUUGAAAGGACAUUUCUAAAAAGAGAGUGCAUUCACAUAUUCCCCAGCAGAGAGCCCAACAAGUGCAGUUGUGGUCAGCAGAUAAACCAACAUGUGGCUAUUAUUCCUGGUUCCACCAAUAAGAGUGCAGAGGAAGGUCAGGUGGUCCAGAUUGAGCCCCUUCAAGAGAAAUGGUCUGUUGCUAAACACACACAAGCCACACCCACUGACGCAUACGGCAUCAUCGAAUUCCAGGGUGGAGGUCAUGUCAACAAGGCCAUGUAUAUCCGUGUGUCGUAUGAUACUAAACCUGAUAACCUUCUGCAUCUGAUGGUGAAAGAGUGGCAACUGGAGCUGCCCACGCUACUCAUCUCUGUACAUGGUGGCCUGCAGAACUUUGACCUGCAACCCAAACUUAAGCAAGUGUUCGGAAAGGGCCUGAUAAAAGCAGCGGUCACCACUGGGGCCUGGAUCUUCACUGGGGGAGUUAGUACAGGAGUGAUUCGUCAUGUGGGAGAUGCACUGAAAGAUCACUCCUCCAAGUCUCGUGGAAAAGUGUGUGCCAUUGGAAUCGCACCCUGGGGCAUUGUGGAAAACAAAGAGGAUCUGAUUGGACGAGAUGUGACACGACCAUACCAAACCAUGUCCAACCCCCUCAGCAAGCUUUCUGUGCUUAACCAGAGCCACUCCCACUUCAUUCUGGCUGACAACGGCACUCACGGAAAGUAUGGCGCUGAGGUUCGUCUGCGCAGGCAGCUGGAGAAACACAUCUCCCUUCAGAAGAUCAACACACGUCUGGGCCAGGGGGUACCUUUGGUGUGUCUGAUUCUUGAAGGGGGGCCAAAUGUGAUCUCCAUUGUGUUGGAGAGUCUGCGUGAGGACCCUCCCGUGCCUGUGGUGGUGUGUGAUGGCAGUGGUCGAGCAUCAGACAUAAUUUCAUUCGCUCACAAGUAUUCUAUGGAGGACGGGUUGGUUAAUGACAGUGUUAGAGACCAACUUCUUGUGACCAUACAGAAGACAUUCAACUACAACCGCAAUCAAGCUCAGCAGAUCUAUCUCAUGGUGAUGGAGUGCAUGAAGAAAAGAGAGCUGAUCACAGUGUUCCGCACCGCUUCAGAGGGUCAGCAGGAUAUUGAGAUGGCAAUCUUAACUGCUCUGCUGAAAGGCACAAAUGCCUCAGCUCCAGACCAGCUGAGUUUGGCUUUGGCCUGGAACCGUGUGGAUAUUGCUCGCAGCCAGAUCUUCGUCCAUGGGCAACACUGGCCUCCUGCUGGGUCCCUGUCCACUGCAUCCACAAGUCAGCAGGAUAAACCAAAGAGCCCAACCGCCACCCGUGCCAGCAAGGGUAAACCUGCCAGGGGGAAAAAGGGAAAAGGGGCAAAAGCCAAGCCCGAGCCUCCUGAGGAGACAGACCCCAGAAAACUGGAGCUACUUAACUGGGUUAAUUCUCUGGAGCAAGCCAUGAUGGAUGCACUCGUGCUUGACAGAGUGGAUUUUGUGAAACUCCUCAUUGAAAAUGGCGUCAACAUUCACCAUUUCCUCACAAUCCCGCGGCUAGAAGAGCUUUAUAACACAAGGUUAGGGCCAACCAAUACUCUCCAUUUUGUGGUCAGAGAUGUGAAAAAGGGAAACCUUCCGCCAGAUUACCAGAUCACCCUGAUAGAUAUUGGACUGGUUCUGGAGUACCUCAUGGGAGGGGCAUAUCGGUGUAACUAUACUAGGAAAAGUUUCCGCACACUCUAUAAUAACCUCUAUGGACUGAAAAGACCUAAAGCUCUGAAACUUCUUGGUAUGGAGGACGAUGAUCCAAGGCCUAAAGGUAAAAAGAAGAUGAAGAAGAAGAAGGAGGAAGAAAUCGAUAUCGAUGUUGAUGAUCCAGAGGUCAGUCGAUUUCAGUACCCCUUCCAUGAGCUAAUGGUGUGGGCUGUUCUUAUGAAGCGUCAGAAGAUGGCGCUGUUUCUCUGGCAGAGGGGAGAGGAGGCCAUGGCCAAAGCUCUGGUGGCCUGUAAACUCUACAAAGCCAUGGCACAUGAGUCCUCACGGAGUGAACUAGUGGACGACAUCUCCCAGGACCUGGACAAUAAUUCAAAGGAAUUUGGUCAGUUAGCAUAUGAGCUGCUAGAUCAGUCUUACAAGCAUGAUGAACAGGUGGCGAUGAAGCUGUUGACUUAUGAAUUGAAGAACUGGAGCAACUCUACCUGUCUGAAACUGGCUGUGGCUGCCAAACACAGAGACUUCAUAGCCCACACCUGUAGUCAGAUGCUGCUCACCGACAUGUGGAUGGGUUGCCUACGAGUGGGGAAAAGCAAUGGACUCAAGGUGAUCAUUGGAAUCAUUUGUCCUCCAGCCAUCCUUCUCCUGGACUUCCGGACUAGAGAUGAUCUGUCGUACCAAAACAAAGAAGAGAUUAAAGACAAGGAGGAUGAUAACAAAUCCAGCAAGGAUGGCACUGUGAGUAUGGAUGCAGUAUCUAAGAAAGGUGAUGAAGAAGAUGGUAAAAAGCAGAAACGAGUGCCAAUUGGGAAAAAGAUUUACUAUUUCUAUAACGCUCCAUUUACCAAGUUCUGGUUCAAUACGACUGCCUACCUGGUGUACCUGAUGCUGUACAAUUACAUCAUCCUGGUGAAAAUGGAGAGAUGGCCAUGCUUACAGGAAUGGAUUGUCAUCUCCUACAUCAUCACUCUUGGACUGGAGAAAGUUAGACAGAUCCUGAUGUCGGAGCCAGGAAAGCUGAAACAGAAGAUAAACGUAUGGCUUGAAGAGUACUGGAAUAUCACUGACCUGGCGGCCAUCACCACGUUCCUUAUGGGACUGUUACUGCGCUUACAGAAUGAGCCUUAUAUGGGCUACGGACGGGUCAUCUACUGCGUAGACAUCAUCUUCUGGUACAUUCGUGUCCUUGACAUCUUUGGAGUUAACAAGUACUUGGGACCAUAUGUCAUGAUGAUUGGUAAAAUGAUGAUUGACAUGCUGUACUUUGUGGUAAUCAUGCUGGUGGUUCUUAUGAGUUUCGGCGUGGCACGUCAGGCCAUCCUGCAUCCCGAUGAAGAGCCGACGUGGCGCCUGGCAAGGAAUAUCUUCUAUAUGCCCUACUGGAUGAUCUAUGGAGAAGUGUUUGCUGACUCGAUAGACCUCUAUGCAAUGGAGAUUAAUCCACCUUGUGGUGAGAACAUGUAUGAUGAAGAUGGGAAAAAGCUUCCUCCGUGUAUACCCGGGGCCUGGCUCACACCUGCCAUUAUGGCCUGCUAUCUAUUGGUAGCCAACAUCCUACUGGUCAACCUGCUUAUUGCUGUGUUCAAUAACACAUUCUUCGAAGUGAAGUCCAUCUCCAACCAAGUGUGGAAGUUCCAGCGUUACCAGCUUAUCAUGACGUUCCAUGAUCGGCCAGUCCUGCCUCCUCCACUCAUCAUCCUCAGCCACAUAUACAUUGUGCUGAAGCGCCUGUGCUGCCGCUGCAGGAAGAAACAAGAAGGAGAGCUGGACGAGAGAGACCGCGGGCUUAAGUUGACUCUGAGUCCAGAUGAACUGAAGAGUCUGUAUGAGUUUGAAGAACAGUGUGUGGAGGAGUACUUCAGAGAGAAGGAGGACGAGACACAGUCUUCCAAUGAUGAGAGAAUCCGGAUCACUUCACAGAGGGUGGAGAACAUGUCUAUGCGUCUAGAAGAAGUAAACGAAAGGGAGCACUCCAUGAAAGCCUCUCUGCAGACAGUAGACCUGCGCUUGGCUCAGCUAGAGGAGUUCUCUGGUCGCAUGAUGCAUGCACUAGAACGUCUGGUUGGCAUUGAUCAUUGUGAGCUGGUCAGCACGCGAUCCGGGAGCUCACUGGGAUGCGAACAAUCUGGCCUGCUUCGUCGCAGUAGCAUUAACAGUGCUGAUGGCUACAGUUUGUACCGCUGGCAUCUGGAUGCAGAGGACCGUGCACCAGCUGAGGAGGCGUCAGGAGACAGGAAGGGUCAGACAGCUUCAGAGAGACAUGGCAGUAUCAGCAGCAGUGAGCUCCUUCUGAAUCCUCAGCAGGUUUCUUCCUACGGUCCCACGCUGGACGUGGUCCCCCUUCGGCAGCGGAUGCGUUCUAGCUCCAGUGUGGACAUUUUCAUCUCUCCCUGUGAGACAAAGAGUCGGGACCAGAACUCUCAAACCCCAAAACUCUUCUCUACUCAGCCUCCCAAAGACCCACAGGCUCUGCUGGAUGCUGCAAUGGAGUCAGCUGGGAUGGUGGUAGAGAGGGUGAGGUUGGACACAGCAGUCUUGCAUCCUCUGGAGAGAGCGCAGUCACUGAGGCAGUACCCAACUGAAAAUCAGAGUGACUCGCUUUCUUAUGAGAAUAGAUCCCAGAGCGGUACUGUAUAUGAUUCUGUGACACAGCCAAUGUUGGGCAGUCAGAGGACAACGUGGGCUUCAGAGCCCCAUGGCCUACAGGAUCAAGCAAGUAGAUCUCCAACCAUAGGUCGCUGGCCCCCACGCUUUGAUUACAAAGUUCAUCCCUCCCCAUUUACACCCAAGAUAUCUUCAGAGACUAGACCAAGACAGGCAGAGGACAGAGAUAAAGAAGGGGCUUCUAAAGAGAGCAUGAGGACAAAAACAGAAACACAAAUUAAGAACAGUGAUGAGAAGAAAGAUGACAAUGAUACAGAGGCAAAUAGUGGGAGGGAGAGCACCAAAACAGAGGAAAGAGAAGAGAAGAGAGAGGAGCUGACAGACUCAGAUCACUUGUAUGUAGCAGAGGACAGGAUAUACCCUGCUCUCAGAUCUAAGAGUCUGAACACUAACCCACGAAAGGUGAAGGCCAUAGGGGACAUCCUGAAUAAGCCUCGAGCAGCCAGUAGUGUAAAAGACCUGGCUGGGGCCUUGGAAGUCAACUCCAAUGACUACAGGCCCUCCAGAGAGAGGACAGGCACACAGACUUAGAUGUCAUGAUGGAUUUUUAUCUGCCACAGCAAGAUAAUCAAAGCAGUUGAAGCACAAAGAUGUCAGAAAUAAAGGAGAACACUAAAGUAUCUUUACACCGUAGGGUUGUUUUUCUCAUUUUAUUUUCCAGUAUGGAAUACACUUCUAGCUAACGGUACACUAGUACAGCUCGUUCACUUACAGUGCAUCCGGAAAGUAUUCACAGCGCUUCACUUUUUCCACAUUUUGUUAUGUUACAGCCUUAUUCCAAAAUGGAUUAAAUUCAUUAUUUUCCUCAAAAUU